ACGCAAACUCUUAGCGGAAGGUACCCAAUCAGCAAAAGUUGGGAUUCAUAAAGAUGUAGUUUACAAAAGUCGGUUAUUGAAAUACAAUGGUCUUCCAGAACCAGUUAAUCAGCUUCCAGUUCGUCUUAGCUGCAGUUAUUGGGAGCAUUAG